AUGGCCAUGGAGCAGCCCAAGAAGGUGGCAGGUGGCGCUUACGGUCAGUUCUUAGCUGAGAAGCGCCCGGAGCUACAGGCCGAGUGCAAGGGUCAGCCCAUCACAGCCAUCACCAAGUUGGCUUCUGAGAGAUUCAAGGCUCUCAGUGAAGAGGAGAAAGCCGUCUACCAGGAGAAGUUCGAGGCGGCCAAGGCCAAGUACGACGAAAAGAUGGAGGCCUUCCUUGCGAACGGCGGUGAGAAGAAAGCCAGGAAGAGCCGUAAGGAGGCCGUCAAGAAGAAGAAGGAUCCCGACGCUCCCAAGAAGCCAGCCGGAGGUGCUUAUGGCUGUUUCAUGGCCAAGAAUCGCCCAAGCUUCCAAGAGCAGUGCAAGGGUCAGCCAGCGACGGCAGUUUCCAAGCUGGGCAGCGCCAAGUGGAAGGAAUUGAGUGAGAAAGAGAAGGCAGUCUAUGAAGAUGAGUACAAGAAGAAGCUGGAAGAAUACCAAGAGGCCAAGAAGUCCUAUGUGCCGCCGGUCCGCGAUGACGCAGAGGAACCCGCGACCAAGCGACGCAAGGUCAAGGAGCAGAAGGAGGCAGCUAAGGCGGCGGAGGCAGAGGCCAAGGCGGAGGCGAAGAAGGCCGGCAAGGCCGAGGCCACGCCGAAGGCCAGUCCCAAGGGCAACCCGGAGAAUGUGAAGUUGGAGGCUGCCAUCAAGGCCAAGGCCGAGAAGUUGGGCUACAAGGACUCCUUGGUAAAGUUGGCGGCUCGUCCUGAAGUGAUUGCCACUGGGAAGAGCCAAGGCGAUUUGUUGAAGGCCUUGGAGGAGAAUCGUGGACGCCUGCACCCGGCCAAGAGAGCCAUCUUGGGUGCGCAAUCUCGGGCAGGUCCCAUGUUAUCCCGGAAUUGGGGAAGUGCAGAAGCGGCGGCCGAUUGCACGUUGAACUCCCACGUGAAACGUCUGAAGGACAUCGUCUUCGAGACACGGAAGUCACAGACCUUCGCAGCGAGGACUGCCGCGAUGGUGGCACCCUGCCGCGCCGCUUGCAUCCUGGCUGACCUGGUAUCCAUCUUCACCGACCUUCAGCAGCUUCCCGACCCUACCUGCAGCCCUUUGCGUUUCACCCAGGGAAAUGCGGAGAGCUCCUCGGAUGCAGAGGCUCAGUCCGUCGGAAGUCGGCCGAAGAAAUCUCAGAGUGAAGCGCCCGUGAUCCUGGUGCACGAGGGCGAUGACGCGCAUUCCUUGGCGGUGCAAUUUUGUGCAGAGCAUGGCUUGCAGGAUGAACUGGUGCCACCUUUGGCUUCUCAUAUCGCAGAGAAGAUGAAACUGGCCCGGGCCAAGCCUGUUGUGCCUGCGAAGCAGAAAGCAAAGGAUCCCAAGGUCACCGAGCAGGUGAAAAAACCACAGGUGUGCUGGUCCUGUGGCAACCCCUUCAGCCGCGACGUGCAGUUUUGCCGGCGCUGUGGCACCCGACGCGCCUGGCCGCAGGGGACGAUUGCCACAUCGCAGAGUGCGGGUGUCUCCACGGAUAGUACGCCAAAGCGACAGAGUAUGACCUCCACGGAGUCCCGCACCCCUCGUGCCAACGGUGCCAAACAAGGUGCCAGUAGCCCUCGCUUUCUUCGCCUCUUUGAGGAUUCCGUGCAGCGAAAAUUCCGCAUGCAGCGGCUCAAGAACCAGGUGGAGAAAGAUGAAGCACAACGCUUGCAAAGUUCCAUGCAGGUAGCGCCGGGCACAGCCCGCUAUGCCGCGUGGCAACGGCGAUCCACGGAUCUCGGCGCAGCGCCAGGGGAGAGGCUCCACAACGACGCGGCCAGAAGAGCCUUGAAGAUGCGACACCUGCAGGAGAUGCGCGACGAGCUUCAGCGUCAGCAGGAAGAACAGGAAGCCACGUUCAAGCCGGUGAUUGAGGUGUCGCAACGAAGGAUUCAAGGCACUUCGAGGUCGCUGCAAGACCCGGCUGGACUGAAGACCAGGAUGAAGAUGGAAAGGCUGCGGAACAUAAAAGAGCAGGCGGAAAUGGAUGGUUGCACUUUCAAGCCUGACAUUGAUCAGAAGUCUGCAGAGAUGAUCUCCCAAAGACUCGCUCGGCUAAAGAUUACGGGGACCUUGUACGAUUCCCUGUAUGAAGACGCUGUUCGGCGACGGGAGAGACAUCUGGAGUCGGUUCGAGCGCUCCCGCCUGGAGUAACCUUCCAGCCGGAUAUUGGCAUGGACCCGAGCAAGGCCUCUAUGGAGACCAAAGAGGACUUCAUCAAUCGACUGGCUUACUCCCGGAGCUACUCCGAUCGAUGGGUGUCUUUGCGCCGGCAGAAGCAAGAAAGUGAUCGCCAGUCAAAGGAUCUGGGUGGGCAGCCGGAGUUUCAUCCCAGAACUGGUCGAGGCCCAUUCAUAGAGCGCAACAAGGAUGGCCUGCCCAUUGGCGACUUCCUCUUCGGCCUGGGCAGGAGAGGAUCGGCGACACCGCAGGCACUUUCAGAGGAAGCGCCAUUGACUCCCCAGGUGGGGGAGAAUUCGCGGCAACUCUUUGAGGAGACAAAGCAACGGACCUUCAGACUCCUGUUCGAUUUGCUGACCUCCAAAGACGCAGAGGGUGAGCUGCAAGCGGAAAGCAUUUGCUUAGAUGGCCUGGACGCGGACCUGCGCAGCUUCCUGCAGCCCAUGGUCUCGUUCUUGGAAUCCACCGGGCAACGGAUGGAGUUUGAAGCCUUCUGCUCUGCCCUGGACUACCAGCGCCAACACGCUGCGAUGCCGACAGCACAUCUUUUCACGCAGAGGGGCUCCAGGAUUUGGAAGGAAAAGGCGGCCAAUCCGGAGAUGCCUGUGCCAAAGAUUGAUCAGAACAGUGCUCGGCUGGCAUCCAAGCGCCGCUCGCGCAGCGUGCCGCUGCAUGUGCAACUUUUUCGUGAAAGGGACGUGAGAGAUGCACGAAUGGAAGAGCGAAGAUUGCUGGCGGAAGAGGUGGAGCUGCAGGAGUGCACCUUCCGCCCAAGACUGUGCCAUCGCGACCGGAUCCGAGCGCUGCGGAGAUCGCUGAGCCCACGGAGCUUUCAGCAAGACAGCAUGGGUUUUACUUCAAGCCCCAGCCCGUCUCCACGCAGAGAUGGAUAUCCUAUGCCCGAGCCCUGCGAGGUGCCGCCGCCGAGAACACCUCGAGGUCCAGGUGCCCCUGGUGGGCCGGGCCCGGUGAGCUCGGUUGGCGCGAGCUCGGCGAUGUGGAUGGCAAAGUCCCAGAUUCCACGGCCAGAUGAUCAGGCGCUGCCGUUGCACACGCCACCUGGUCCACAUCUACCGGCACCAUCUCCCACGGCAUCGCGAGGCUCAGCGUAA